UAACACUGAUCGUGACCGCAUCAAACAACACACUCGACAAUCUGCCACCAAAAUGACGUUUUAGAAGAUGAAGGCAUUAGUUCCGAAAUUUUGCUACGCGCCGAAGAUCUUUGUAGCUAUAUGACCCAUCGAUAAUUAAUAUAGUACUUUAUCUAUGAUGACAGUACAUAAGUGUAUAUAAUCUUUGGAUAUAACUACUCACCACUCCGAAUUUGAUGCAUAAGUAAUGCAUUAUCAAGAUGAACAGAAAAAGGAAUGUAAAUUUUAUAAAACCUGAUGAUCCACCAUUUUUGAAAGCUUUAAAGAAGCAGGCUGGCUAUGAUGACAGAAACCAUAAAUUUGAUGAACUUCAAAAUAAUGAAGAAGAUUUUGUAAAUGAUGAUGAUACUGAGUUACCUCAGGUAGUAGUUUUGAAAAAAGGUGACCUCACAGCGGAAGAAGCUGAGGUUGAAAAGGAAAGAAUAAAAAAAUUUGAGUCUGAAUCUAAAGCUGAUUUGAAUCAAAGAGUAAUAUUCAAAAAGAAGAGAAAAGUAUGUGAAGCUGGUAAAAAAGGUGUACUAGAAGAAAAAUCAAAAAGCAAAAAAACUAAACAAUUAUUGUCAUUUGCUGAUGAGGAUGAAGAUGAUUGAUAAGCUGUAUUAAAUAAAAGACCCUGUGUUCUUAUAAAAAGAUCCAUAAAAUUGUGAACAAA